AUGUCUGAAUAGGAGGAUUUGUUUGAUUUCGAUAAUUAACCUAAUUGGAAUUCUUAUGAAUUUGAUAUAGACAAUUAAGAAAUGGAAAAUUAACAACUAAAAAGAAUAAAAGAGUAGUGCAAUGUGAAAUUAUUGAAAAGGCAACUUGUAUGCUUGUUUGGUUUUCCAACUAUUUAGGUAGAUAGUUGUCAAAUAUUUUCUUAUCUAAAUGAGAUAAUGGAUUUAAAUGAAAAUGAAUAGAAACGAAGGAUUAGAGUUCUAAUAAGCUUCAUUGGAGAAGUUACUAGCAUAGAAGAUCAUGACACUAGGUUAUUAACUUUAAGGAGCAGAGUUGAAUAAUUCUUGACUAUAAAAGGAGUUAAAAUUGAAUGGAAUAAUAAAGAAUGGGAAUAAGAAAUUGAAUCACUUUUUGAAUCCCGAUAUUGUAAUCCUUAUUAUAGUAAAAUUCCAUAUACUUAAUUCUAAUAUACUAAUUUUUUUGCUCUAUUAGAAAGUCCUAUGCCAAUGUUUUUGAGAAGUGUAUAGCAUCCCUGCUUUUGUUAAGUUUAUGAUGCAAAAUCUACAGAUGAUUUUAAACAAUUAUGUAAUAUCACUGACUUAAAAAAUGUAAGGAGGAUAAGAAAAUACAUUUAAUCAAUAAUAGAUAAAUUAGAAGAGUUCAGAAAUUUGAUUAUUUUAAUUGAUUCCAGAGAUUACAAUAAUUCUACUGAUGUAAUUAAUAUUUUUAAUCAACUAUCUGGAGAACUUGAUAAAAUAAUUAAUAUAGAUUUAUAGUUGAGUGAUAAAUAUAGCCCUAAAUAAGAAGGGAAGCUUAAAUUACAAAAUGAUGUUGAUAAUUAAACUGAAAAAAAUUCAAUUGCUUUUAUUGAAACCAAAACUUCAGCUAAUACCUUUACUACUAUUCAUUAAGGUAGUUUAGAUUGUAGAACAAAAAAGUAAAAGAAAAAAUAAAAAAUUUUGGAAAAAUGCUAAAUUCCAUCUACUUUUUUAAAUUACUUAGAUUCAGAAACUAAUCUUAGUUAAGAAAACAGUUCAAAUUUUGAACCAAAAUGUGAUGAUUUACUAUUUUAAUUGAAUAUAUUUGGACUUGAUCCUGAUUUUCAUAAAUAUUUAAAUAAUGAGUCCAAAUCAAUUGAAGAUAUUUAAAAAAAAAUUGAAAUUUACGAAAAAUAAUUAUAAAUUCUGGAAUAAAUUGGUUUUCCUUCUCCCUAAAUAGAUUAAGCACGAUAAAAAUAUAUUCUAUAAAAUUUUAGUGAAUUUUAUUCAAACAAAAAAACAUUAAUAGAAUAGAUUCUUUGCAGUAUUUGGGAAUCAUUAGUGAUUAAAAAUAAUGAAGUCGAUUAUGUAGAUGGUGUUAGAAAAUAAGCUUUAUAAUUAUUUUCAUCAAUUAAUUUAACCAUAGAUAAGGAAGAAUUUGAAAUUAUUUUAAAUAAUUGCUAUGAAAAAUAAGCAUCUAUAUCCUCUAACAAUAAUUUUGAAAGUACCCAAUUUUCUCUUAAUAAAUUGUCCAAAAUAGUAAAUAGAUAAUUUCCAGAAUCAUUUACACUUAAAAACUGCUUGACAAGUAGAUCAGUAUUCAAAGCAAAAAGUAUUUAACCUUUGUAGUAGUAGUUUAAUAUUUAAGAAAUUAAAAAUAUCAGAUUCAUUAGGAAUUAUAUUAAAGAUUUGUUAUUAAACCUUGAGAAGUUGGUGCAAUUCAAAAAUAAGUUAGUCAAAACAAAAAAUAAUAAAAACCAGGAUUAAUUGUUUAUUAGAGAAUUCAAUAAACUUGAAUAGAUUCAUCAAAAAGAUGUAGUAAAUAGAAAACUAAGAUAAUAAUAUUAGAAGAUUGAAAAGCCAGAAACCGAUGAAAAGUUUAUUUUAAUUGAUGAAAAAGAAUAAUUAGAUUAAUUAGAUUAAUAUUUUGAUUGUAACAAUAAAAAAUAUCAAAAUGAAAUUGAAAUAGAAGAUGAUAUUAUUUUUAUAGAUGAAGAUUCAGUAAAAUUAGAAUAAGACAACCAAAGUAUAAGUGUUUAAAAACAAUAGAAGAAUAUAGUUGAGGUAAAUUUAAAAUUAGAAGCUCCAACUGGAGUAGAAUAGGUAUAAUAAAAAUAAUAACCAAAAUAAUAAUAAAAAUAAUAGUUAUUAUGUGAAGAUUUAAUUUCUCCUGUUUAAAGAAAUUAUUUUCAUGAAUAUUAAUCACCUAAUUUUUUUAACUCUCCAUGUUUUAAUUAUUGUUCACCAUUAGCAAAUUAAUAAAUAUUUUUUUGUCAUCCUGAAUUUGAUUAACAAGAAAUAGAAUCGCCUGGUCGAUAAAUAUAAUAAUUUCAAUCUCAUCAUAACUUCAAUUGA